AUUCCAUCACCGGCGAUAAUUAUUCAACUCCCACUAAUCUGAUGGAUGGAAAUAAUUCCGAUGACAAUGAGAACACCAAAAUGUGGACGCCCAGAAUUGAAACGAAAUUAAUAAAUAUGUUGAGAGAUGAGGUUAGAAACAAUCAAACAACGGGCCGUACUACUUCGUGGACAAUUAGGCAUUGGAAUCAUUAUGCAAAUCAGUUGCACAACAUAUAUGGAUUUCGGUAUACAGGUGUUAAGGUGCGCCAAAAAUAUCAGCGCUUGAAAGCUGAUUACCAGACAUUCAAGCGACUCCAGGCACAGACUGGUCUGGGAUGGGAUCCUAUUAUAGGCACUGUUGUUGCACCCGAUGAAUUUUGGGAUAAGGCUAGCAGAAAUGUGAAGAAGUUUAGGACAAAAGGGUUUGAAUAUUUUCAGGAAAUGGCAGAGAUUGUUGAAAAUUGUUGUGCUACAGGGGCCCUGUCUCGUGCAUCCACACAAGGACCCAUUGACUCAGAAGAAGAAGACGACAUGUUAAAUAAAUUUUGGAACGCUGAUGUUGAUGGGAGUAACGCUGGUGGGAGUAAUGCUGCUGAGGCCAUUCCUGUUGACUUAUUCCGGGAUGAGUAUAUAGAUCCAGCAAAGGGCAAAAGUCACAAGAGGGGCCCUGCAACUAGGCAGACUGACAGUGGUCGUUCUAAAAAGUCACGGUCAAGUGGGUUUGAUGAUGUGUGUGCAGCUUUCACAUCCUAUGUACAAGCCAAAACAGGACAUUCACGUGCACGAGAAAAUGAGACUGAGGCUGUAAGUGCAUGUGGUGAUGAUUAUUCCCUUGAUGCAUGUCAAGAUGCAUUGCUUGAGCUUGGGGACAUACCAUCGUUGCAGUACGUUAGCGCACUGACACAGUUCAAGGAUAAGGAAUGGCGAAGACAAAGGCAUAUGUCAUCCGACAGAGAAAACAAUACAAUGGAGCUCUCAUCAGAGGAUGAUGAGGUUGUUGAUGAUUUUAUAGAUUGCUUGAUAAUUGCUGAUUGUGUCGGUGCUAUCGAUGGCACAUUGGUGGAUGCAUGGGUCCCUGCUUCAAGACAACAUACAUUCUACGGUCGGAAAGCAACGGUAUCGCAAAAUGUACUUGCAGCUUGCAACUUCGAUAUGUUGUUCACAUUUAUUAAUUCUGGAUGGGAAGGCAAGUACUAUUUAGUUGAUGCUGGUUUCACGAACAUGCCUGGAUUUCUUGCUCCAUUUCGGUCUCAACGAUAUCACUUGCAAGAGUUUCGUGGCCAUCAUUAUGCAGGACCUAAGGAAUUGUUUAACCAUCGACAUUCGUCAUUACGCAACGUCAUAGAAAGAACACUUGGUGUUUUGAAUAAGCGCUUCCCAAUAUUGCGGUCCAUGCCAAAUUAUAAGUCUACACGACAAGGGCCUCUCGUGAUUGCAUGUAGUAUAGUGCACAAUUGGAUCCGUUUGCAUACAGUUAUGGAUCCGUUCUUUAUGGAAGCUGAUAAUGAAAUAGCCGCAGAAGCAGAAGCAGACGGGCUUCUUGGAGACCAACCUGACUACGUUGACAUGUCACAACAUGGGUUAACGUCCCAAUCGAACGUUAGGGAUGUAAUUGCUACUGCUAUGUGGCAAAAUCAUGUUCACCAUGGGCACUGA